AUAGCCACCCAAUCUCCAAUCUCCAAUCUCCAAUCUCCAAUCUCCAACUCCAUCUAGAAAGAGAUCAGAGAAUAAUUGUAAGAUGGGAAGUGUGGAAGAGAGAGUAGAUUUGAGUAAACAUAGAGAUGAAGUUGAAGUAAUAGUGAUUCCAUGUCCUGCCCAAGGCCACAUUAACCCACUCCUCCAAUUUGCCAAACACCUUGCCCAUCACCCACCCCUCAAAUUAACCCUUCCUCUAAUUUUAACCAACAAUACUAAUGACUCCAACCACUCCACCGUCCAAUAUCAACCACUCACUCCCUCGCUCACUAUUCACCAUAUUCCUCUCUUGCCUUAUCAAGGCCCCGACCCUGAGCCCCUCCAUGCCCUCUGGGAGCGUCGCCAAGAGGCCAUUCGCUUGCAUUUGAUUCAUCUUCUUACUUCUAUUCCAAAUGUUGCUUGUGUUGUUUUUGACUCUAUCUUUCCUUGGGUUCUUGACCUUCUCAAACAAUUUGGAGUUUUCGGGGCUGCCUUCUUCACUCAAUCUUGCGCUGUUAAUGCUAUCUAUUAUAAUGUUUACAAAGGAUGGCUUGAUGUUCCCUUGGAAGAGCCCUUGGUCUCCUUGGAUGGCCUUCCUCCUCUUCGACCAUCUGACUUCCCGUCUUUCAUCUCUAAUCGUGUCAAAUAUCCUGAUUAUCUUAGCUUCUUAACUGGUCAAUUUACACGUUUGUCUGAUGUUGAUUGGAUCUUCACCAACACUUUCGAUGGCUUAGAACCAGAGGAAGUCAAGUGGAUAGAAGGUCAAUUUCCAUUCAAGAAUAUUGGACCAAUGGUUCCCUCAAUCUACUUAGAUGGACAGCUACAAAACGACAAAGAUUAUGGGGUUAGCAUGUUUGAAUCAAACAAUACAGAUUGUACAAUGAAAUGGCUUGAUUCAAAAGACCCAAAAUCUGUAAUUUACGUGUCAUUUGGGAGUGCAGCAGAAUUAGAAAAAGAGCAAAUGGAGGAGUUAGCAUAUGGCCUCAAAUUAACCAACAAAUUCUUCUUUUGGGUAGUCAGAGAAUCUGAGAUCCAUAAGCUUCCACACAAUUUCAUCAAGGAAACUGCCGAGGAAGGGUUGGUAGUAAAUUGGUGCUCUCAGCUACAAGUUUUGGCCCAUCAAUCAGUGGGAUGUUUCAUAACGCAUUGUGGUUGGAACUCGACGCUCGAAGCGUUGAGCUUGGGAGUGCCGAUGGUGGCGAUGGCGCAGUGGUUGGACCAACCGACGAAUGCCAAGUAUGUGGAAGAUGUGUGGAAGAUUGGGAAGAGGGUGAGAAUGGAGGAAAAUGGAAUAUGUGGAAGAGAAGAGAUAGAGUUUUGUGUUAAUGAAGUUAUGGAGGGAGGAGAAGUUAAUGGAGAAAUUAGAGAAAAUUUGAGGAAGUGGAGGGAAUUGGCAAAAGCAGCUAUGGAUGAAGCGGGAAGCUCCCAUCAAAACAUUAAUUAUUUUGUGGAACAACUUGUGAACAAAACAAAUUAAUUUGAAUGAUUGUGUAACUCAGAGUGCACAUGGGGUGAUGAGCUCAACAGACACUCUCAGUAUGUUAUUUAUUUAUUGUUCAUUUAGUUUCAAUAAUUUUUUAAACUGCCAACCUUAGAUAUAAAUUGAUUCAUUUCCUUAUUGAUUAA